GCGAGUCCUCUCCGCACUACCAGUCUCAGACGUAACACGAAACCGGGCAGCGGUGAUCGCGUGUCGGUCCAUGCGCUUGACACUCCCGAGGAGCGCGCACUAUUUCCUUUCAAGGAGUUCAAUGACAUGCAGAGCGCCGUCUUCCAGACCGCCUACCGGUCUGAUGAGAACAUCGUAGUGUCUGCACCCACCGGAUCUGGCAAGACCGUUGUUUUCGAGCUCGCGUUCCUCCGCAUGCUGCAGUUCAAGAGCUCGUCAUUCAUUCCGCUAGCGAUCUACAUGGCACCAACGAAGGCACUCUGCUCCGAACGUCUGAACGACUGGCGAGACCGAUUCAAGAGCCUAAACGUCAAGUGCAUCGAGCUCACCGGCGACACCGAGGUUUACAACAUCCGGAAGUACACCGAUGAUGCCGAUCUGAUCAUUACUACGCCUGAGAAGUGGGACUCAGUGACCAGACGGACUUACUUGACGGCCGUCCAAAACCGCCUUUGUCUCGCCAUGAUCGACGAGGUCCACACUUUGAGUGAGGAGCGUGGCCCCACUCUCGAGGUCGUUGUUUCACGUAUGAAGAAACGCAGUGACGCUCUGCGUUUUGUGGCCGUUUCUGCGACGGUCCCGAAUAUCGAUGAUGUGGCGCGCUGGAUUGGCAGCAAGGAGGAUCUCCAUGAAGAAAGCAGGCCGCUCUCGUCAAUUGAGUACGAUGACAUCGAGCAGAUGCCCAAAGCACGGGUGUUCAAAUUCGGUGAUGAGUUCCGCCCAGUUCCUCUCCAGCUUCACACUGUCGGCGUAGAUGCUCCGAAUGAGUUUGCGCUUGGCAGCCGGCUCGACAAAGAGCUUUGGCGAGUCCUUAAUCAAUACACUGAUGGCCUUCCUACACUAGUCUUCUGCCCAACUCGCAAAGCCUGCCAGUCGACCGCUGAGCAUCUCUUCAAAGAGUACACGAAUGCCCUCGCUAAUCGCACGCGCCUGCCAUGGGAUGCGACUGAUAACCAGCCAGUCGUUCUCAAGGAUGCCAAGAUCCAGAAGCUGACAGAAUUAGGCAUCGCCGUUCAUCACGCGGGCCUGGACCUCCUUGAUCGGCGCAACAUUGAGCAGGCAUUCCGCAACUCGCAGCUGCAUUUGCUUGUCGCAACCUCGACGCUUGCAGUGGGUGUCAACCUCCCUGCACACCUUGUUGUCAUCAAAGGGACUUCAUGCUGGGCCGGUCAAGGAUUCCGGGAGUACAGCGACAUUGAUAUCCAACAAAUGAUGGGCCGUGCUGGUCGACCUCAAUUUGAUAACAGUGGUACUGUGGUAAUCAUGUGCAACAACACAAAGCUUCACAAGUUUCAGUCAAUGUUGCACUCGAAGACGGUCUUGGAGAGUUGUCUCCAUCAACACCUGACUGAGCACAUCAACAGCGAGAUUGGCCUGGGCACCAUCGGUUCCCUGCAAAAUGCCCAGGAGUGGUUGCGUGGAACGUUUCUCAGCAUUCGCAUCCGUCAAAACCCUAGGCACUACCAGGGAACGAUGACCAAAGACUAUGCAGACAGCUGGGACGGCACACUUGAUCGCUUUGUAGAGACAUCUUUGCGGGAUCUCAAGAAGCGAGACUUUAUCACUGAUGAUCCUGAGAUUAUCAAGGAGAAAUCUGAGAACGGGGCCAAAGAGCUUCUACCAACACGCCUGGGUGAAGUUAUGAGUCAGAACUUCAUCUCGUACAAGACGAUGUGCCACAUUAUAAACAUGGACGCGGAUUCCGGAGUGCGCGACCUUCUCGAGCUUCUCGCUGGAGCAACUGAGUUCUCAAGUCUGCGUAUCCGCCAGGGAGAGGGGGCACUACUCAACAAACUUCGUGUACACCGCGAUGUGAGGUACCAUAUUGACACACCCGUCAAGACGUAUGCGGACAAAGUCUUCUUGCUUGCCCAAGUCGCCUUUGGCAAUGUGAGCCUUGACGACUUUUCCACCAAGACAGAGAACACCGCACCGCUUCAGACGAUGAUCCUCAUCUUCAACGCCGCCCCGCGUAUUGCUCGUGCCAUCUUCAAUGUUGCGUGUCAUUUGCGAUACGGCGCAGCCGCUCGGGCGGCCCUGGAACUGUGCCAUGUCGUCAACGGUAAGGCGUGGGAGGAUAGCUCUACUGUCUUUCGCCAAAUUGACAAGAUUGGACCGAAGUCGAUUGCUGUUCUGCAGACCAAUGGCGUUCACACAUUCGACGAUCUGCUUAAGCUGGCACCCAGUAGGCUCGAAAUGUGGCUCAAUCGUCAUCCGCCGUUCGGUAGUGAAGUCCUGGAGCGAGCAGCGGCCUUUCCGCGGUUCUCAAUCGGUUUCACCGAGAAUGGGGUCGACACCGACGAGAACGGCUUCCCCACACUGAGCCUUCGCCUCCAAAUCAAAAACACAGGACAACUCGUGCACAAAUCCGCGACGAGCGGGGGUGGCAAGAGUCGCAAGACCAGGUCGUACAACCUUGUGAUCCUCAUUCUCAGCACUAAAGAUGACCGUUUCAUCGACAAACGCAUGAUCAACACGGCCCGGUUGAGUGACCGAGUCCGCGAGUUUCCACUCGAUGUUACACUCUACCAUCCGGAUGAAGGCAUCAUGUGUGUGGUAGGAGUGGAGGAAAAGAGCGGACUUUCGCGCACUUAUCAGUACACGCCGCGCAUUCCUGCCAACAUGUUUCCCAAAGCCAAGACUAUUGAGCGCGGGAACGCAACAAAUACAAGAGCAUCAGGCAAAUCAAUGAUACCGACUAGCGCUGUUGAUUCGUUGAGAAUGCCUGAGAUACAAAGCGCCGACGUCAGUGAAGACGAGGAGCUGAUCGAUCUCACUGCGCCGCAGAAAGUUAAGGACAAGAAGCGCGGUCGCCAAGAGGCGGCCAACCCCAAGUCGAAAACGCGCCGACUCGCGUUGGCAGCCAGAUCAGUCAUGGCCGACGAGACUAUUGAUGACGACGAGGAUGCGGUGCAAGCAGGUUCACCCGCCUCUAGCGAUACGCUCGACGUAAUGAGCGACUCGCCUCGGCCUUCGAAGUCAGCUCGCUGGGAAGGCAAAGUCAGUGCCAGUGCGGAGUCUCCAAUUGCACGGAAGCUGGUCAAGAGUUCAACGAGAUCGGCCAUGUCGGGGAGCUGUGCGGAGGCGGGCAACCGCCUACCAACGGUGUCGAGCAGCCAGGCGCCUGUGCGAAGGACUUCCAAGAUCCCUGCGGGAAACAGUGAAGUCUCCAAGGUAGCUCCAGCCCCUGACGCAGCCGCCGACCCACCUCGCUCGCCAGCGUCAAUGACCGUGGAUGAGCAGUUCGAGGCGCUCGCCAGCGUCAAUGACCGUGGAUGAGCAGUUCGAGGAGUGGUUCGGGCAGUUCCUCUGAGACAUGGAGAUGGACGGUAUUCAUGCGAGUGAUCUGUGAAUGCUGAUG